AGGUGCUGCAGCUGCUGCUCCCUGGUUCCCUCACUUAUCUCAACCACACAGCCCAGCAGAUCUCUGCCCGGUCUGAAAAAAGAAAUGACCAUGUAGAUGCCAACUGCCCGGAUCCAGCAUAAUGGGAAAGAGUGAAUGGAGUGCAAUUGGACUGCAAUCUUGAAAACAGCCAUCUUGUGGACUAUCACCUGGUGGGAGACAUUUCUAUCACUCAUUGCUUACUCUGCUCAUGUUACUGUUCACAUAAAGUGGAUUUGUUCUUAGGCUGGAAUUUGAGUUUCUAUCUUUACAAAUUUUUAAUUUGUACAUAGCACACUGAACAGAGCAAUAUUAUCAGCAGCAAUGGGUGACAUGACCAACAGCGAUUUUUAUUCAAAGAACCAAAGAAAUGAGGCCAAUCAUGCAGGAGAAUUUGGGUGUACGCUUCAGGAUCUGCGUUCUCUUAUGGAACUUCGAGGAACGGAAGCAGUGGUUAAAAUUAAAGAGACGUACGGGGACACAGAAGGCCUCUGUAGACACUUGAAUACUUCGCCAAUAGAAGGAUUACCUGGCACUACUGCUGACCUAGAUAAAAGAAGGCUAAUUUUUGGGAAAAACUUUAUACCUCCAAAGAAGCCAAAAACUUUCAUACAGUUAGUCUGGGAAGCAUUACAGGAUGUGACUCUCAUCAUUUUGGAAAUCGCAGCCAUUAUAUCUCUUGGACUCUCAUUUUAUCAUCCACCUGGAGAAGGAAAUGAAGCGUGUGCCACCGCUGCAGGAGGAGGUGAAGAUGAAGGUGAGGCAGAAGCUGGUUGGAUUGAAGGGGCUGCCAUUCUGCUCUCGGUUAUAUGUGUGGUGCUGGUUACAGCCUUUAAUGACUGGAGCAAAGAGAAGCAGUUCCGUGGACUUCAGAGUCGUAUUGAACAAGAACAAAAGUUUACCGUAGUCCGAGGUGGACAUGUAAUUCAGAUUCCUGUAGCAGAGAUUGUAGUUGGUGACAUUGCACAAGUCAAAUAUGGUGACCUACUACCUACUGAUGGAGUUUUUAUUCAAGGAAACGAUCUUAAAAUUGAUGAAAGUUCUUUAACUGGAGAGUCAGAUCAAGUCCGCAAAUCCGUUGACAAAGAUCCAAUGCUGCUUUCAGGUACCCAUGUCAUGGAAGGCUCAGGAAGAAUGCUGGUAACUGCAGUGGGAGUUAAUUCCCAAACAGGCAUCAUCUUUACUCUACUAGGUGCUGGAGAGGAAGAGGAAAAAAAAGAUAAAAAAGUAGAUUCUUCCCAUUCCUCCUUCCAUCCUCCUUCAACUACAGAUGGGGCAGCAAGUGCAAUUGCCACUGAUAAUGCAAAUACCAGCUUAGUCAAUGGCAAAAUGCAGGAUGGGAAUAUGGAAAACAGCCAGAAUAAAGCCAAACAGCAGGAUGGGGCAGCUGCAAUGGAGAUGCAGCCACUCAAGAGUGCUGAAGGUGGAGAGAGAGAUGAUAAAGACAAGAGGAAAGCCAACAUGCCUAAGAAAGAGAAAUCUGUCCUCCAAGGAAAGCUAACUAAAUUGGCUGUCCAAAUAGGCAAAGCAGGUUUGGUAAUGUCAGCAAUUACUGUCAUCAUUUUAGUACUAUACUUUAGUAUUGAAAACUUCGUUGUCAAGAAAAAGCCAUGGCUGCCUGAAUGCACACCUGUAUAUGUUCAGUAUUUUGUCAAGUUCUUCAUUAUUGGUGUGACUGUGCUUGUAGUUGCUGUUCCAGAAGGACUUCCGCUGGCAGUUACCAUCUCCCUUGCUUAUUCUGUAAAAAAAAUGAUGAAAGAUAACAACCUGGUCCGUCACUUAGAUGCAUGCGAGACUAUGGGAAAUGCUACAGCCAUCUGCUCUGAUAAAACAGGGACAUUAACAACUAACCGAAUGACAGUAGUACAAGCCUUUGUUGGAGAUGUCCAUUACAAAGAGAUCCCUGACCCAGAUUCUAUUCCAGCCAAAACAAUGGAUUUGCUGGUUAAUGCAAUUGCCAUCAACAGUGCUUACACUACAAAUAUUCUGCCACCAGAAAAGGAAGGUGGUCUACCUCGUCAGGUUGGCAACAAGACAGAAUGUGGAUUGCUUGGAUUUGUGGUGGAUCUAAAGCAGGAUUAUCAGCCUGUUCGAAAUCAAAUGCCUGAAGAGAAACUCUACAAAGUUUACACAUUUAACUCUGUGAGAAAGUCAAUGAGCACUGUCAUUAAAAUGCCAGAUGACAGCUUCCGAAUGUAUAGCAAAGGGGCUUCUGAAAUUGUCCUAAAGAAAUGUUCUAAGAUUCUUAAUGCUGCAGGAGAGCUUCGCAUUUUUAGACCUCGUGACAGAGAUGAGAUGGUUAAGAAAGUGAUUGAGCCCAUGGCCUGUGAUGGAUUGAGAACCAUCUGUGUUGCUUAUCGAGACUUUCCCAGCGAUCCUGAACCAGAAUGGGACAAUGAAAAUGAUAUUUUAAACGAUCUUACAUGCAUUUGUGUGGUUGGCAUAGAAGAUCCUGUAAGACCUGAGGUCCCAGAAGCCAUAAGAAAGUGCCAGCGAGCUGGAAUUACAGUUCGCAUGGUUACGGGAGAUAACAUCAAUACAGCUCGUGCCAUUGCCAUAAAAUGUGGAAUUAUUCACCCUGGUGAAGAUUUCCUCUGUAUUGAAGGAAAGGAAUUUAAUCGAAGGAUUCGAAAUGAGAAGGGAGAUAUAGAGCAGGAACGCAUUGAUAAGAUAUGGCCAAAACUUCGUGUCCUUGCUCGUUCAUCACCCACAGAUAAACAUACUUUGGUAAAAGGUAUCAUUGACAGCACGCAAGUGGAACAGAGGCAGGUUGUAGCAGUGACUGGUGAUGGAACUAAUGAUGGACCAGCUCUUAAAAAAGCUGAUGUUGGCUUUGCAAUGGGUAUUGCAGGAACAGAUGUGGCAAAGGAAGCUUCUGAUAUUAUCCUCACAGAUGACAACUUCAGUAGUAUUGUGAAAGCUGUAAUGUGGGGCCGUAAUGUUUAUGACAGUAUUUCUAAGUUCCUGCAGUUCCAGCUUACCGUAAACGUGGUGGCUGUGAUCGUGGCUUUCACUGGUGCUUGCAUUACCCAGGAUUCUCCUCUGAAAGCUGUACAGAUGCUAUGGGUCAAUUUGAUUAUGGACACUUUUGCUUCUCUUGCUCUGGCUACGGAACCUCCCACAGAAUCCCUUCUGCUAAGAAAACCAUAUGGUAGAAACAAAGCCCUUAUUUCUCGUACCAUGAUGAAAAAUAUUCUGGGUCACGCUGUGUAUCAACUCACUCUAAUUUUUACUCUCCUUUUUGUUGGUGAAAAAAUGUUCAUGAUCGAUAGUGGCAGAAAUGCACCACUCCACUCUCCACCUUCUGAGCACUACACCAUCAUCUUUAAUACUUUUGUCAUGAUGCAACUAUUUAAUGAAAUCAAUGCACGCAAAAUCCAUGGCGAAAGGAAUGUUUUUGAUGGCAUCUUUAGAAACCCUAUAUUUUGCACUAUUGUAUUGGGUACAUUCGCUGUACAGAUAGUAAUUGUUCAAUUUGGUGGGAAACCUUUUAGUUGUUCUCCUUUGGAACUUGACCAAUGGAUGUGGUGUGUAUUUAUUGGAUUAGGUGAACUUGUAUGGGGGCAGGUCAUUGCAACCAUCCCAACCAGUAGGUUAAAAUUUCUAAAGGAAGCAGGAGGGCUUACAUUAAAAGAAGAAGUGCCCGAAGAGGAGAUGAGUGAAGAUGUAGAAGAGAUUGAUCAUGCAGAGAGGGAACUUCGCCGUGGACAAAUCCUCUGGUUCAGAGGGCUUAAUAGAAUUCAAACCCAGAUCGAAGUAGUCAAUACUUUCAAGAGUGGCACUUCCUUUCAGGGAGCUCUCAGGAGACAAUCCUCCGUCACAAGCCAGAACCAGGAUGUAACCAAUAUUUCUAGCCCUAGCCACGUUUCGUUAUCCAAUGCUCUUUCCUCUCCUACCAGCACACCUGCUGCGGCGGUUGGGCAUCCGCGUCGUGAAGGCAUUCCGUAGCUCUCUCUAUGAAGGUUUGGAAAAACCGGAAUCUAGAACCUCCAUUCACAACUUUAUGACUCAUCCUGAAUUUAGGAUAGAA